CGUGGCAACCGCGGCCGGCCGGUGUCACGUGCCGGGGGAAAAGCGAUAUCACGUGAUGUUUGGCUGCCGCCGAGCUCCUUCCGGGUCGAUGCGGGACGCGGCCGGCGGGCCUGGAAGUCCAAGAAAGGAGCAUGGACCAGCCCAGCGGAAGGAGUUUCAUGCAAGUUCUUUGUGAGAAAUACAGCCCUGAGAACUUCCCUUAUCGUCGUGGUCCUGGGAUGGGGGUGCAUGUCCCCGCAACUCCGCAGGGUUCACCUAUGAAAGAUCGUCUCAACCUUCCAAGUGUGCUAGUACUGAACAGCUGUGGCAUCACCUGUGCAGGAGAUGAGAACGAAAUCGCCGCCUUCUGUGCUCAUGUGUCUGAACUAGAUCUUUCUGACAAUAAACUGGAAGACUGGCAUGAGGUCAGUAAAAUUGUGUCCAACGUUCCCCACUUGGAGUUUCUAAACUUGAGUUCCAACCCUCUCAGUUUGUCCGUUUUAGAGAGAAGGUGUGCUGGGUCUUUCGCUGGUGUUCGCAAGCUUGUGCUCAACAACAGCAAAGCUUCCUGGGAAACAGUCCACACAAUCCUGCAGGAAUUACCAGACUUGGAGGAGCUCUUCCUGUGCCUUAAUGACUAUGAAACAGUGUCUUGUUCUCCGGUUUGCUGUCAGUCUCUCAAAUUACUCCACAUAACUGACAAUAAUCUUCAAGACUGGACUGAAAUUCGAAAAUUGGGGAUUAUGUUUCCAUCACUGGACACACUUAUUCUGGCUAACAACAACCUCACGACCAUUGAAGAGACGGAAGAUUCCCUAGCGAGGCUGUUCCCCAACUUGCGAUCCAUCAAUUUGCACAAAUCGGGUCUGCAUUGCUGGGAAGACAUCGACAAGUUAAAUUCUUUUCCCAAGCUCGAGGAAGUGAAAUUACUAGGAAUUCCUUUGCUGCAGUCCUACACCACCGAGGAACGCAGGAAGCUGCUAAUAGCCAGGUUGCCGUCUAUCGUCAAGCUCAAUGGGAGCAUUGUUGCAGAUGGGGAGCGAGAGGACUCGGAGCGAUUCUUUAUCCGAUAUUACAUGGAGUUCCCAGAGGAGGAAGUCCCAUUCAGGAUGAACAAACGAUCAUUUCUCGGGACCUGGGUGGCCCUGCUGGUGAUGACCAUGCGGCACCAAGCUCACGCCAUGGCAAGUCUAUAUCCCUUCUGGCACAACGACACGAAAACACCCAAAGUCGAUGACGGAAGCUCUCCCGAGAUCAAGCUCUCCAUCCCGUUCAUCUUUUUCGGAGCCCCGUACAGAACCGUUUAUGUCAACAACAACGGCGUGAUCUCCUUCAACGCCCUGGUCAGCCAGUUCACCCCAGAGGCCUUCCCCCUGACGGACGGACGGGCCUUCGUCGCGCCCUUUUGGGCAGACGUGCACAACGGCAUUCGGGGGGAGAUCUACUACAGGGAGAGCACAGACCCUGAGCUGCUGAGGAGAGCCUCCAAAGACAUCCGCAAGCACUUCAAGGACAUGUCCUCUUUCUCCGCCACCUGGGUCUUCAUCGUCACCUGGGAGGAGGUCACUUUCUACGGAGGGAGCAGCACAACGCCGGUGAACACUUUUCAAGCUGUGCUGAUCACCGACAGCGUGUCGUCCUUUGCCAUAUUUAACUACCAGGAAAUCAGCUGGACCACGGGGACGGCCAGCGGAGGGGACCCCCUGACCGGGCUCGGCGGGGUGAUGGCCCAGGCUGGCUUCAACGGUGGAAAUGUCACCAACUUCUUCAGCAUCCCAGGCUCCAGAACCCCAGACAUAGUCAAUAUAGAAGAAACGACCAAUGUUAAUGUGCCUGGGCGCUGGGCUUUCAAAAUAGAUGGCAGAGAGAUAGAUCCAGCCAACGGCUGCAGCCUGAGAGGACAGUUUCUCCGUCAAGGGGAAAUCUUCUGGGACAACUCAAACUGCACCACCAAGUGCCGCUGCCUGGACUUCAACAACGAGAUCUUCUGCCAGGAGGUGGCUUGUGGCCCCUUUGAAGCGUGCGAACCGAAGACCAAGUUCUUCCAGUGCGUGCCGGUGGAGAGCAGCACCUGCGUGGUGUUCGGAGAUCCGCACUACCACACCUUCGACGGCUUCCUCUUUCACUUCCAGGGUUCCUGCUCCUACCUCCUCGCCAGGCAGUGCUGGCCAGGCUCCCAGCUGCCCUACUUCAACGUGGAGGCCAAGAACGAGAACCGAGGCGGCUCCUCCGUCUCCUGGCUGAGGGACAUUUUUGUGGAGGUCUACUCACACAAGAUCGUCCUCCCCAAGGGCAGCUUUGGGAAAGCAAAGGUGGAUGACUUGGUGGUGUCCUUACCUAUCUCCCUGGAGCUGGGUGCAAUAAAAGUCUACCAAAGCGGCUUGUCCACAGCUCUGGAGACUGAUUUUGGCUUGCUAGUGACCUACGAUGGGCAACACUAUGCGUCCGUCUCUGUUCCGGGCACGUACAUCAAUGGCACUUGCGGUCUCUGUGGGAAUUACAACAAAGACCCCGAGGACGAUACCCUGCGCUCGGACGGGAGGUUGGCUGUGUCCGCGCCAGAGCUGGGUGAGAGCUGGCGAGUGCCUCACCCCGAGAGAAAGUGCUCUCCCGGCUGCGUGGAGAACUGCAGCAUCUGUGAUGCCACCGCCGAGUCUUUGUAUUUCUCCCCCGAAUAUUGCGGCUUCAUCAACAAGAGCGGCGGGCCACUCUGGGAGUGCGGUGCUGUCGUGGACCCCACUGCCUUCGUCCACAGCUGCGUCUACGACCUGUGCAGUGCACGGGAUAAUGGCACCGGGCUGUGCCAAGCCGUGCAGGCGUAUGCCACGGUGUGCCAAGCCCUGGGCAUCCCAGUGGGAGAGUGGCGCACCCAGACGGGAUGCGCAGAGGCCGUGCGGUGCCCGGAGCACAGCCACUACUCGGUGUGUGCCAGUGGCUGCCCUGCCUCCUGCUCGGACCUGACAGCCCCUCUGUCCUGCGCCUCCCCAUGUGCUGAGGGCUGCGAGUGUGACGAGGGCCACGUCCUCAGUGCCGACCGCUGCAUCCCCGUGCAGAAGUGUGGCUGCGACGUGGACGGCCGGUACUACGCCGUCGGGGAGUCUUUUUGGGCCACGGCGGACUGCACAGUGGAAUGCCAGUGCGAGGAUGGUGGGGAGGCCAAGUGCUUCAACAUUACCUGCCCUGAAGGAGAGGUCUGCGCUAUAGAGAACGGCUACCGGGGCUGCUACCCCAAGCGGGAGAGCCUGUGCCUGGUGGGGCAGAACCAGGUGCUGCAGACGUUUGACGGCGUCGCCUUUCCCUAUCCGCUGGAGCACUCCUACACGCUGCUCAAAACCUGUGCGGAGAGGCUGGACUUCAUUGAGGUGGACAUCAGCCAAAAGAAGCCAGGAUACGUUCCCAAUGGGCUGCGCGUCGUGCGGAUCCAGGUGUUAGGCCAAGAGGUGAAGGUCGGAGGAGCCAGCCUCUCGGAGGUCAAGGUGAAUGGUUACGACGUGGAACUGCCAUAUUUCCACCCUUCUGGCCGCCUGGAGAUCUACCGUAACGACAACGGCACCGUGACGGAGUCAGAGGGACUGCUGAGCAUUGGCUACUACAACUCGGGCCUCCUGGAGAUCCGCCUCUCCACCGCCUAUUUCAACUGUACCGGGGGCUUGUGUGGCUUCUUCAACGGCAACAGCAGUGAUGAGUUCUGCCUGCCCAAGGGCAAGUGCACGGACAACCUGGAGCUCUUCCUGGAGAGCUGGACCACAUUCAACGAGAUCUGCAACGGGGAGUGCGGGGACCUCCUCAAGGCGUGCAACAAUGACUCGGAGCUGCUCAAGUCCUACAGGAGCCGGUCCAACUGCGGCAUCAUCAACGACCCCACCAACAGCUCCUUCCUGGAGUGUCACAGCGUGGUCAACGUCUCGGCCUACUACAGGACGUGUCUCUUCCGCCUGUGCCAGAGCGGAGGCAACCAGUCGGAGCUGUGCGACGCCGUGGCGCGCUACGCCGGCGCCUGCAAGAACGCCGAGGUGGAUGUGGGCCAGUGGAGGAGCCACAGCUUUUGCCCCCUGGCGUGCCCUGAAAACAGCCAUUUUGAGGAGUGCAUGAGCUGCGUGGAGACCUGCGAGACGCUGGCCUCGGGCCCUGUCUGCACGGACACCUGCACAGAGGGCUGCCAGUGCGACGAGGGCUUCGCCCUCCACGGCUCCCGCUGCAUUCCCCGCGGCGAGUGCGGCUGCAACUUCGAGGGCCGUCAGCUGGCCACCAACCAGACCUUCUGGAUGGACAUCUCCUGCCACUUCCUCUGCUACUGCAAUGGCUCGGACAACAGCGUGUACUGCGAGAACGUCUCCUGCAAGGAUGACGAGUACUGCCUGGAGGAGAACGGCCUCUACUACUGCCACGUCCGCACAGACGCCUCCUGCAUUGUCUCCGGCUACGGGCACUACCUGACGUUUGACGGCUACUCUUUCGACUUCCAGAGCAGCUGCGCCCUGGUCCUGUGCACCACCAUCUCCCGGCCACGGGCAGAGCGGUCAGACACUUUCCCCACGUUCACCGUCACGGCCAAGAAUGAGGACCGGGACACCUCCCUGGCCCUGUGGGUGAAGCAAGUGGAAGUGGAGGUCUUCAACUACAACAUCGUCAUCCACCGUGCCUACAAAUACACCGUGAUGAUCAACAACGAGCGGCUCUACCUGCCCCUGAAGCUGGGCCAGGGCAAAGUGAACAUCUUUGCCUUCGGCUUCCACAUUGUGGUCGAGACCGACUUUGGGCUGAAGGUGGUGUACGACUGGAAGACCUUCCUCUCCGUCACCAUCCCGCGCAGCUUCCAGAACCUGACCUAUGGCCUCUGCGGCCGCUACAACGGCAACCCCGAGGACGACCUGGUGGCCGCGGGCGGCAUGCCAGCAUUCGGUGUCACCGACUUUGUCCAGAGCUGGGCGAAGCGGGACGCCUUCUGUCGGGUGGGCUGCGGUGACCGCUGCCCUGCCUGCGGGAAGGUGGAGGGCUUCUGGAAGCCCCAGCAGCUCUGCAGCCUGAUCCCCAGCCAAAGCGGUGUCUUUGCCAAGUGCCACAGCAAGAUCAGCCCCAGCUUCUUCUACAAGAACUGCCUCUUCGACACAUGUGUCGACGGGGGGGCCAUGCAAACGGCCUGCGGCUGGCUGCAGAAUUACGCCAGCACGUGCCAAACGCAGGGCGUCGCCGUCACCGGCUGGAGGAACUUCACCUCGUGCUCCGUCAGCUGUCCCCCCAACAGCCACUACGAGAGCUGCGUGUCCCUGUGCCAGCCGCGAUGCGCCGCCAUCCGGCUCAAGAGUGACUGCAGCCACUACUGCGUGGAGGGCUGCCAGUGCGACACCGGCUACGUCCUGAAUGGCAAGAGCUGCAUCCUGCCCCAGAACUGCGGCUGCUACUCCGAUGGCAAAUACUACGAGCCCAAGCAGCUCUUCUGGAACGGGGACUGCACGCGGCGGUGCCGCUGCUUCCGACGGAACCUGAUCCAGUGCGACCCGCGACACUGCAAGUCAGACGAGGAGUGCGCCUCGCGCAAUGGCGUCCGCGGCUGCUUCAGCACCCGCAGCUCCUUCUGCCUGGCGGCGGGCGGCGGCGUCUUCCGCACCUUCGAUGGCGCCUUCCUCCGCUUCCCCGCCAACUGUGCCUUCGUGCUGUCCACCAUCUGCCAGAAGCUGCCCGACUUCUCCUUCCAGCUCAUCAUCAACUUCGACAAGUGGUCCUCGCCCAACCUCACCAUCAUCUCCCCUGUGUACUUCUACAUCAACGAGGAGCAGAUCCUCAUCAGUGAUAGGAACACCGUCAAGGUGAACGGCAGCCACGUGAGCAUCCCCUUCGUCACGGGGCUUUCCACCAAGAUCUACAGCCAGGAAGGCUUCCUGGUCAUCGACUCUGGCCCCGACAUCCAGAUCCGCUACAACGGCUUCAACGUCAUCAAGAUCACCAUCGGCGAGCGGCUGCAGAACAAGGUGUGCGGCCUCUGUGGCAACUUCAAUGGCGACCCGGCAGACGACUACGCCACGCUGCGGGGCAAGCCGGUGGUCAGCAGCGUGCUGCUGGCACAGAGCUGGAAGACCAACGGCAUGCAGAAGAGCUGCAACGAGCUGCAGUACUCCCAGUACGCCGCGUCCUGUGACAACGUCCGCAUCCAGAAGCUGCAGAGCGACAGCUACUGCCUGAAGCUGACCGACAUGAAAGGCUUCUUCCAGCCCUGCUACGGCCUCCUGGACCCACUGCCCUUCUACGAGUCCUGCUUUCUGGACGGCUGCUACAACCACAAGAAGGUGCAGCUAUGCGGCUCGCUGGCCGCCUACGGCGAGGCGUGCCGCACCUUCGGCAUCCUGGGAACCGAGUGGAUCGAGAAGGAGAAUUGCUCAGGAGUGGUGGAAGACCCCUGCGCGGGUGCCGACUGCCCCAACCGGAGCUGCGAGCUGGAUGACGGCGGGGAGCUGUGCGGCUGCGUCGAGCCCCCACCCUACGGGAACAGUGAGCCCAUUUGCACCACCAGGGGGAGAAGCGAUGGUCGGGGUGGGGGUCUGGGUGUGUGGUGUCCUUUCUGGUGGUCCCGUAACCCUUUUUCUGCCCUAGACACCCACGACAUCAUCGACGCGGAGGUGACCUGCAAAGCCGCCCAAAUGGAGGUGUCCAUCUCCAAGUGCAAGCUCUUCCAGCUGGGCUUCGAGCGCGAGGGCGUGCGGGUCAACGACCGCCACUGCCCCGGCAUCGAGGGCGAGGACUUCAUCUCCUUCCAGAUCAACAACACCAAGGGCAACUGCGGCAACGUGGUGCAGUCUAACAGCACGCACAUAGUGUACAAGAACACGGUGUGGAUCGAAAGCGCCAACAACACGGGCAACAUCAUCACCCGGGACCGGACAAUCAACGUGGAGUUUUCCUGUGCCUACGAGCUGGACAUCAAGAUCUCCUUGGACUCAGUUGUGCGGCCGAUGCUAAGUGUGAUUAACCUGACAGUGCCGACGCAGGAAGGGAGCUUCACGACCAAGAUGGCCCUGUACAAGAACUCCUCCUACAAGCACCCGUACCGGCAGGGGGAAGUUGUGCUGACCACACGGGACGUGCUCUACGUGGGGGUCUUCGUGGUCGGGGCCGACUCCAACCACCUGAUCCUGAUGCUGAACAAGUGCUACGCGACCCCCUCGCGGGACAGCAACGACAAGCUGCGCUACUUCAUCAUCGAGGGAGGGUGCCAAAACAUGAAGGACAACACCAUUGGCAUAGAGGAGAACGGGGUCUCUCUGACCUGUCGCUUCCAUGUCACCGUCUUCAAGUUCAUCGGGGACUAUGAUGAAGUCCACCUGCACUGCGCCGUCUCGCUCUGUGACUCAGAGAAAUACUCCUGCAAGAUAAACUGCCCCCAGCACCGGCGGUCAGCCAGUGCCUUCGCCCAGGAGGCCCACGAGCAGAUCCUCUCGGUGGGACCCAUUCGGAGGAAGCGAUCAGACUGGUGCGAGGACAACGGCGGCUGCGAGCAGAUCUGCACUAGCCGAGCGGACGGGCCGUUGUGCAGCUGCGUGACGGGGACACUGCAAGGGGACGGCAAGAGCUGCAGGGCCUCCAGCUCUUCGGGGGACGCCCGAGCCCGAGCGAGCCUUGUGGUGGUGGCACAGCUGUGGCUGUGGCUGUGUGUGGCUCCGCGGGACCCGACCUCGUAGGUGCGGCUCCACUGCCCAGCCAAGUACUGUUCUCGUGUCAGCCUGAGUCUCUGUAGGGUAGGAGCCAGCACCCCCAGCGGCAAGCCUGCUGCCGACCCAGCAGGAGAGGGACUCGACCUGAAGAGCGGACGGAUGAGCGCCUGGAUGGGCAUCGGAGGGACCAUGAUGGCAGAGCUGGAUGUCUGUUGGGAUGGAUGUGGGACUUGGCAUUUUUCUUUGCAGCUUUUCCCAGGCUCUCUCUUGUAGCACCCCAUCCCCAGCACCUCUGUUAGUGGAGCAGGAUGGGCUCAGGCUCAUGCACCUGUGUGUGCCCUUGCCCUCAGAGGGGCUCCCGAGGGAGAGGUGUGCAUCGUUGAAGCGCUUGGAUCCAGCCAGAGGUAGGUGUUUUGGUGCAGGUCACGGACCAGAGGAGCACAUUCGGAUCAGAGGACAUCAGCACACCUUGGGAGCACGGCACCUGGUGGCUCUCCAGAGAGGGGAGCCAUUGGGGUGCACGGUGGAGAGCCAAGCGUGUUCCUGGGGUUUUGGGAACCCAGGUGUACAUCCUGAUGUGUGGGGAGAGGCCACGGGGGUGAGCCUGAGAAAAGAGGGCUGGAGCCAAGUCUUCUCGUCAUGGUCAGAGCCGUCACAGUGUCUCUUGAGGGGAGGGAGCAGGGUCGGGGUCUGCCCACCCAGGAUGGCACCAGGCGGGCGGUGGGCUCUGGGGGCCGGCUGGCGCAGGGGGGGCUGUUUCUGUGGGGGACUUGUCUUGUGUUUGUGUUUUGUGACACGGCUGCGUGGGAAUAAAAAGCGUUGUACUCCUUCGUAAGUGGCGUGGUCCCGUGCAGAGGAGCUGAGCGGGGGCGAGGCCACGAGGGUCCCGGCGACCCCAGAGGAGGCAGGGCUGGGCCUUUUGGGGAGAGGUGGGCAGCGUGGUCACAGGCAGGAGAUGGGAGAUGGCGGGGAGUCCAAGGGGGCAGGCACGAGGAGAGGGUCCCAGGAGAAGGGGUGACACCAGGCUGGUGGCCAGUCACCAGCAGGGCUCCACAAGGUCUCACUUUGGGGUCAGUUGUUUUGACGGUUUUUACAAAAGAUCUGGAUGCAGGACUUGAAUGCAUUCUAGGGACAUAAAACUAUCAGAGAGCCUCCACAGGAGGGCUACGAAGGUGGUGAAGGGUCAGGAGAGGAAGACAUCAGAGGCAUCAGAGGACUGGCUCUUCCAUUGCCAGCCCACCCACCUCACAUCCCAUCCCACGCUGUGGGCCUCCCCAGCAUCACCCCCUGCAGCUAACACACCACCCGUACAGUCACACACACAGGGAGAGGAAGAAAGCUAGGGAGAAAAGCAACAAGGGAGCAGGAGACAGACGCAAACAAGCACAAGAGAGCAAUAGAAGGGCACACAAGAAAGAGAGGGAGGGAGAAAGCGGCACAGCGGGAGAGGGAGAACCAGAAAUAACAAGGCAGAUGGGCAGACACAAAGAGAAGCAGACCUAAGGAAAGAGCCAGAAGGCGAGGACGAAGCAAAGACCAAGGAAGAGGCAGAGAGAAGGACAGAGCCAGAAAGAGAAAGACAGAAAAGAAAGACCAAGUGAAAGAGAAACGUGGCGGGAAAGGGGUGCACACAGAGACAGGGGCGUGUGUGGAGGCAGCCAGCCCCAUGGCACAGAAAGGGCACAGGGACAGCAGCGUGGGCAUGGGACAAACAGACACCAGGCACCUGUGUGGAACACGGGGACGGGGGUGGCAAGGGGGGGGGUACAACGAUGCUGCUUGCAGGGCAGGCAGACAGCAGGCGUGAAUUCAUACCUACAAGAGCAGGGACACAA